AUGUCUGCUGUGGAAUUGGACAACGCCAUCAGAAAAUGGGCAGCAUCCACCGCCUGCCUAACCCUUGCAAUGAUUCUAAACGAGGCGCGAUUAGCCUUCUUAUUAAAGUGCUUAUGGUGGCACGAUAAAAGACAUGAUGGAAGCUAUUGCAAGCAGACAAUCAGUGAAGAGAAUCUCUUGUCGACCUUUGGGCAUGCAGCCAUGAUGAGGCAUGAUGGUGCAUUGCCAGCUCAUGGCGUAGCAUCCUCUCCAAUCCGUUUUGAAAUGCGUUCAUGGUUAGCCAGUCUUCUUCGACUUCAGUGCUUAUGGUGGCACGAUAAAAGACAUGAUGGAAGUUAUUGCAAGCAGACAAUCAGUGAAGAGAAUCUCUUGUCGACCUUUGGGCAUGCAGCCAUGAUGAGGCAUGAUGGUGCAUUGCCAGCUCAUGGCGUAGCAUCCUCUCCAAUCCGUUUUGAAAUGCGUUGUAAGACUAGAAUCCCAAUUUGGCAUCUCUGUAUGUUGACGAACCAAUAA